AUGGAGAUCCAAAGACAUCCUCGUCUUGGCGGUCUAGUGGCCAUCGUUACGGGGGGCUCACGUGGCAUUGGUGAGCGCAUAGCAUUUGAGCUUGCAAAAAAUGGAGCGAAAGUUUCCAUCACCUACACUUCUCCUGGGAGCGAGACACGUUUGAAUACCCUGAUCGAACGAAUCAACGCCCUCAAUAAUGGCGCCUCCGCCAUUGCCGUCAAGGCUGACCUGCGGGACCCGGCUUCCCCGAGCCUAAUCGUCACAGAAACAAUCCGGCAUUUUGGUGAUAAUAUUGACGUAUUGGUCAACAAUGCUGGAGUAGAGCUUGUCAAGCCUAUCGAGGAUAUCUCGGUAGCUGAUUUCAGUUUCGUCUACGACCUCAAUGUCCGCGCCCCUAUGCUCAUGCUCCAGGUUGUUUUACCUCAUUUGCGGGCACCUGGGCGAAUCAUCAAUAUUGGAUCAGUUGGUGCACGGCAUGGUUUUAAACAACUUUCUGCCUACUGUUCCUCAAAAGCAGCCUUGGAAGGCCUGACUCGGUGCUGGGCUGCUGAAUUAGGUAGCAGUGGACAUACCGUCAACUCAGUUAACCCAGGCCCUGUUCAGACGGAACUCAUGGAAAACAUCCCCAAAGAGACUAUUGAAAUGCAGAAGUCUCAGACUCCGAUCCAGAACCGGGUAGGCACCGUUGAGGAUGUUGCCCCAGUAGUGGUGUGGCUCGCAAGUGAAGAAAGCAGAUGGAUUACCGGACAGGUGAUCUCGGCCAGUGGAGGAUGGGCUAUGUAUUAG